AUGGGAUCCUCUAAUGGAUCCGCUGGUGGUACAACUGGGGCAACUCUAGGACAUCCUCGUGCCCUACCUUGGGCCGGUGCCCUCCCCCGGCCUCUGCCUCGACCUCUAGCAACAGAGGGAGCAGCCCCUCCCGGGUCUGGAACGUGUGCUUUGGACGUGAUCAUGAAGCAGGCCCUUGGUCUUGGGAUUUUCUUCUCUGCUUCUAGUUCCAAUCGACUCCAAGCAUUUUGUGAUGCUGACUGGGCCUCUUGUCCAGAACUUAAUGCCCCACUCCAACUACCAGCGCAAAUGUACUGUGACAGCAAAUCAGCUAUUCAGAUUGCUGCUAACCAUGUGUUCCACGAGUGCACUAAACACAUCGAUAUUAACUGCCACUUCAUUCGUGAGAAAGUUCUUCAGGGACUUAUGGAGACAGUUGACUUAGCUUCUGCUAAACAACAAGCUGAUAUACCCACUAAGGGGCUUAGCAGGCAUCAACACCACUAUUUGCUAUCCAACCUAGGGAUGAAGAACAUCUUUAUUUUUCCUAACUUGAGAGGGAGUGUAGAAGUAUUAGACAAUUGUACCAAGGUGCCUUAG